UAAGAAUAAUAAGAAUAAGAAAAUAAGAAUAAUAAAAAUAACAAUUGAAAUUCUAACAUUUUAGGUAGUAAAAUCUCAUCGGCGACCCUCAUCGGUGACCCAGCCGUCGACCCUCCCCCUGCGCGAGCGCUGUCGCGUCAGCCCGUCUCUCCCCCCCGAGCACCGGAGCCGAUUCCAACCCUCCCGGAAACCAGAGCUCCUCCAAGAUGGAGCCCCCAAAUUCUUUGAACCCAGAAAUAAAUCAAGUGGAUCAAGGAAAGGCUGACGCUAGUGCGGCAGAGGUGGAGGAUCUUGGGAAUUGUGUUGUUGAAAUAUCCACAAGGGUCGAUAAGAUUGAAAAAAGUGUGAAUGAGGUUGAACAGUUUUAUUCAGCCACGGGAAAUACGCAGCUCACGAAAGGUAGCUCAAUUUUGAAGGACAGAGAGAGGGAGAAAUAUUUCAGUAAUUUUAAGCAACAGCAACAGCAACAGCAGCAGCAAGAUGCAUCACAAAGGGAAGCGGCUGCAGCGAGGAGAAUGCAAGAAUUGAUGCGCCAAUUUGCCACAAUAUUGCGCCAGAUCACUCAGCACAAGUGGGCAUGGCCUUUUAUGGAACCUGUAGAUGUCGAAGGUCUAGGUUUGCAUGACUAUUAUGAGGUUAUUGAGAAACCCAUGGACAUCGGCACAAUAAAAACUAAAAUGGAGGCUAAGGAUGGGGGCGGGUAUAAGAAUGUCCGGGAGAUAUAUGCUGAUGUGAGGUUGGUUUUUAAGAACGCAAUGAAAUACAACAAUGAAAAAGAUGACGUCCAUGUGAUGGCUAAGACUUUGUUGGAGAAAUUUGAAGAAAAAUGGCUGCAGCUUUUGCCUAAAGUUGCUGAAGAGGAAAAGAGAGGAGAAGAGGAGGAAUCUAAAGCACAAUUAGACAUGCAGCUUACCCAAGAGGCUGCUUAUGCAGACAUGGCUAAAGAUACUAGGAAUGAGCUUUAUGAAUUAGAUAGGCAAUUGAGGCAGCUGAAAGAAGCACUAGUUCAAAAAUGCAGGAGAAUGUCUACUGAGGAGAAACGAAAGCUCGGAGCUGCUAUUAGUCGAUUGUCUCACGAGGAUCUCAGCAAGGCAUUGGAAAUAGUAGCUGAGAAUAACCCAAGCUUCCAACCAACUGCCCAAGAAGUGGAUCUCGACAUUGAUGCUCAGAGUGAAUACACGUUAUGGAGAUUAAAAGUGUUUGUGAAGGAAGCGCUAAAAGUUCAGGGCAACCAUGGUAGCAAUAAUGCUACAGCCAACAAUAACAAUGACGACAACAGAAAGAACAACUCCAAACGACGAAGAGAGAUAUGUGAUGCUCUUGCAAAGACCGCUGUGAAAAGGACCAAAAAGCUCACUAAUUUAUGAUAUACAAUUUGCAACAUGUAGCCCCAGUUGCAAUUUGAUUUGCACAUUCUGUGAGCUUGUUCGGUUACUAGCCUAAAGGAAAUAUAGUUAUGUGCAGGUUUGAAAUUUGUUCGUGGGUUUUCUGAAUCUUUUCGCGUCCGACCGAGCUCCUGUAAAGUUCAUGUAAUAAUUAAAAUGCUUCUUUGGCAGUGUUAUUACCGUAAGAAAAAACUGAAUGGGCUGGAGAAUUGUAGUAAUUUUGGUCAGCUACAUCUUGUAUAUUGUAUUGACAUCCAGUUUAAUGGAAUUUUACUAUGUCAA